AGGUGAGUUAUAGCGAUAGAGCAUGUCAGCAAUGAGGUUCGCAGAGCAAGGGCAAAAGCAGACAGGAUGUUUAGCUCAAGGAUAAAGGAAGAGAUUCUUUUGGUGGGAUUUAAACUCACAACCCUGUGCAGUCUAGGAGAGCGCUCUACACACUGGAUGGUUUCAUCUGCGAUGUGUAAUACACAUGAAUAUGCAUUGAUGAUUACACUAAUAAUCGUUUCAUCUGCGAUGUACACAGGCAGUGAUGGCGAGUGAUUUUGCCAUGGGGAGGUUCCACUUUCUGGAGAAGCUCCUGCUGGUACAUGGUCACUGGUCCUACAGUAGACUGGCCAGAAUGAUGCUCUACUUCUUCUACAAGAACAUGGCGUAUGCGACGCUACUGUUCUGGUGGCAGUUGUUCAACGCGUGGUCGGGCUCCAACCCCAUCGACGGCAUCAACCUCACCAUCUUCAACCUGGUCUACACCUCCCUCCCCAUCAUGGUGGUGGGCGUGGCCGACCAGGACCUCCUUGCUCCGACUCUCCUGCGGGAGAAACACUACUAUUCACAGGGCCGGCUCUCCUCUCUCUACACCCACUGGAAGUUUGGACUCACUGUGGCCGACGCUAUCUACCAGAGCUGUGCCGUUUUCUUCCUCUCUUACGGGGUGUACUAUGAGAGUGAUGUUGGUGUGACAGAGUUUGGGUUUGUGAUCAACAUUGUCAUUGUGAUAGUCGUCUCCUUCCAUCUCGCAGUGGAGACUCUACAUUGGACGGUGGUGAACCAUGUGCUGUUGUGGGGCAGCGUGGCCAUGGUGUUUGUCUUCAACUAUGUGUACACGGCCAUCGACUCCCAGCAAAAGUUCAUGGACACCUAUUGGAUCAUGUUUGCUGUCAGCUCUCGACCUCGGUUCUGGUUCCUCUGUCUACUGGCCCCUGUCGUCUGCCUCAUUCCGCGAGUCAUUGGCAAGGUGGUGGAGCAGGAGUUUUUCCCGUCGGAUGUCCUCAGAGCUAGAGCUGCUGAGAAGCAGAGGAGAUCUCCCACACCCUCCCUCGUCACUCCGGUGGAGACAACCGAGGAGACUCAUAAUCAUGCAAACAACUCAACACAAAGCAGAACUACCGUAUUUCACGACCCUCUCUGACACACUCAUAUCACUGUGGCUCUCUAUUUACGACCUGAUACUAGGGGUUUUUAAAAAAGCGAAAUGCACGAGCUGUGUGGUGUUUAUUCAGGACUGGAGUAUGUGUUUAACAACAUAAUUGCGUUAAAAUUAUUGAAGCGAAUUUUUAGGGAUCAGC